GCACUCGAUUCAUUACACUUUACCACCGUCCUAGAAAACAAUUGUAAGAAAAGUGCAAUAUGGCGGCAUCCAUGGACGACCAGAGAUGAAUUGGGAGAUUGCUCACGGUCAGGAUUGCGCGUCACGUUUCUGUGCUGCCCUCGGUGGAAAAUUCGAGCGGCUCGCACACUCGCGAUGGUAGCAACAUCCAGCAGUACCCGAUGGCGGCUUUCCCUCACGUAGCAAUGGACAGUAUAUACGUGUGUACAUACAUACGUAGAUACACGCAUGCAUUAUUGCUCCGAAGCGCCACGCAGAGCAUUUACAUGUGCGUGGUGUUCACGUACGGACGCAUGAAGCGACCGUGUAGCGUAUCGUCCCCGGGAAAUUUCGUGCGUUCCGAUCAGCCGUGGCGGCAAGCAAGCUACGGCUCCAAGUAACGCGUGAGUGUCAGGGCUCACAUUCAUAGCGCACACACAGCAAAAGUUCCAGUUCUACCGCAACUUGAAUGGCGUGAAUGCAUUUGACGGCAUGGUUUGCGACACCGACGAUGCAGAUUGCGAUGGUCUCGAUUAUCAGGAUAUUCAAUAUCACUAUCAAGAUUCCUACGAUUACGACAUGGAGCCAGAAGGAACGUUCUCGGAUUUAUGCCAAUACUGUCUGGGACCGACAAUUUCCGAUACUUUGUAUUAUAUGCUACCUUUAUUUUUGGCAUCUAUCAUAUUUAAAUUGAUUGCUCAAUCGCGAUAUAUGCCAUACAAUGUCUUUCAUAUACUCUCUAUCGUUAUCGGAGUAUUUGUGAUACGAAACUAUGCUCCAGAAUGUCUGUGCAUAUUAGUAGUACUAAUGGGAGUAACUUACAUAUUUUUACACAUACCUGAGAAAUAUCAUAAGGGAUUCGGUGUAUUUUUACCAAGUCUGGUUUUGAUCGUGUAUUGUGAGAUUUCAAUGGAACCAUCCUCAUGGCACAAAGUGCGCAGCAUCGUUAUGAUUGGGGCAAUGAAGGGUAUUAGUGUAGCAAUUGAUAAUACAGAUUCGUUAAGUCUACCUUCAUUUUACGAAUAUUUGGGAUACAUGUUUGGUGCUGCGACUUGCCUAUUCGGACCAUGGAUUUCAUUUAAAAAUUAUAUCGAUCUUUAUCAGAAGAAUUAUUGGAACAUUCCUACAAUAUCGAAAACUAUUGGAUAUUUUUUAGCAUCUCUGACUUUUUUGAUAACCUCAAACUGCAUCACUCAGUGGAUUUUCUCAGACAAUUCUAACAAGUGGCUUUUGGCAUAUCGAGAUGCAUUAUCAUUUCGAACAUCGCAUUAUUUUAUUUCAUAUACUGCAUCAACAAUAAUGCUGCUAGGAGGAUACCCUAUGUCCUUGGUAAAAAUAACUAAACCAAUGGAGAUAGAAUUACCACGAUCUUUGGUUCAAGUAGUGGUUUCAUGGAACAAUCCCAUGCAUUUCUGGUUAAAGACAUACAUAUUCCGUCCCUGCAGGACACGCUUGGGAAGAUUUGGAGCUGUGAUAAUUACUUAUUUAACCAGUUCACUGUUGCAUGGACUGAACUUCCAGCUGGCUGCUGUUCUACUUAGUUUAGGAUUUUAUACGUACAUAGAAUUUCAGUUGCGACACACUUUAGCCUAUACUUUCAAUGCUUGCGUAGCAGCAAAGUCAUGUACAGAUCGGAAGUGUACACACGAUUCAAAAAUACGUAAUUCGUUGUGGGUCGUUGUGACUAAUCUUUCCUUCUCUGCAUUAACUAUUUUUCAUUUAAGUUAUUUGGGCCUCAUGUUUGAUGUUUCUGACCAACAAGAGACUGGCUAUAGUUACUCUCACACUAUGGACAAAUGGUCACAGUUGGGAUUUGCCAGCCAUUGGGUAGCUCUUGCGAUGUAUUGUGCGCAACUUCUAAUCGGAUGACAAACCACGUAACUGCAUAAUAGUUUUUAUUUAUAGUUUUACGAAACAGAAGUGAAUGCAUAUCAUGAAAUACGUAAAAUCAAAUUCUUUCUUCAUAAACAAAAGAGGUCUUUAAAACGAUGCUGGAUGUGUUGAAGUAAUUUAAUAUGUGCAAGUACUGUUGUAAUUUUUUCUUCAUUCAAUCAAUUGCAAUUCCCAAAAACUGAAAUUAUAAUUAGUUAGAAGUAUUAACCCUUUCUGGAUAAAGCAUUUAAUAUGCAGUUUUAAUUUCUUUUAUAUAUGAAACUUUAUCCAAUACGGAUAUACAGAGAUAUUCUAAUUAUUAUAAUUGGUAGGUAGAUAGAAUUGAAAAAAUAGAUAUUAAUUUGAUUACAUUUGCUAUUACUAAAAUGUUUUGUUUUCUAAGCAUUUAAGUGUGAAGAAGUAAUUACAUCAAGACUUAGGUAAUUUGUUUAAUGCAUUGAGAAUCAGUAGCACAAUGUGUAUAUCCUUUGAUUCCUAUCAAAAAGUGAAUGAAGUUCCAUCUGCAUUUGAGACAGAAAUCACAUGCAAAUAGAACAAAAUUCUGGAUUAUAAAGAUUGCCUUGUGAGAAGAAUUUCACUGCUAUUGUACUAUACUACCUUUUUCCACAAUAUGUUCCUUCUAAAAGUAGUAUAAUUACAUGAGAGCGUCUUAAAGCAUCAGUAUAUCGCUUUUGAAAGGUACAACAUGGAAACAGGAAUCAGUUUAGCCAUCUUGUAUCUUGUAUCUUGUAUUAUUAAGACAGAUUAAUUGUGAGUCACAACAAUUAUAGUAUUAAGACAUUUUUAUAAAUACCAGUUAAGGCCUGAAAGUAAUUAUGACAUGUAAUCGAAUGUGAUAUGUUGAUUGAUAUUUCAACUUCAUGUAAAAUAAUUUUUACUAUGUAAGAGAUCCAAAGUAUUCUAGUGUAAGAAAGCCGAAACGCUUUUUUUUAUAGACUUCAUUAUUAUUUUUACAUAUAUAUUAAACUUGUACUUGUAAACAUUAGAAUUCAUUUAACAUGGAAAGUGUAAUUAACUGAAAACAUCUAUUGUAUAUUUUUCAAUAUUGUAUCAUAACUAUCAACUAAAGUUUUACCGUUUCAAUCGUUAUGGUCGUAUAACGUAUGCCUAAACAGUAUAUUAAUACUCGGAUAUACACAUGUGAUCAUGUACCUGAGGAUAUUAAUUUAACCAAGUGAGUAUCCAAACCGCAGCUUCAAGCUCGCCGCAUAUGGUGUUUAUUUUCUUGCUGGCUGCCCUGUUAUGGAACAAAGCAGGUUAUGGUGCCGGGUUAGCUUCGGACAAUCCAUGCUGCUUACUGGAAAUUAAUUUGGAUACUUAUUUGAUUCAUGGGCCACUUCUUCAUUUGUUUUAACGUUAUUUCUUUAAGAGAUCUUUGCACACACAGAGUCGGACAGUUUACAAGAUAAAGGACUAAUAAGGCGAGCCGAUCAGAUGUUCUAAUUGGCUCGUCGUCUCAGCCUGCUCAAAAUCAGACCAAUCUCAAAACUUAAUAAAGCACGAGUAAUUCACUUAGUAAAGCAUGAGUGAUUCACUGCAAUGUAUUUUGCGUGAUUGCAACGAAUCGUAAAACGUGAGGAAAGAAAUUUGCGUGAAAAACCGUACCUCCCUUCCCUUCAGAAUUUGAACUCGUGACACGUACGUAACACCUAACGUCAUACCGACUACGUGAGCUAUGCGUUGGGUAUCCUUCCAUGUAGGUUUUACGUGUUCCCUAGGAAACAUUCAUUAUUUUUUCAUUAAUUUCCGUGGCUUCAAAAAAUUGUACAUAAAGUAUCACACAACUCUCGAGCACCCACGUUGUAGUUUUGCCAUGUAUUUUUCUGUAUGUAAUAACAUUUGCGAAUAAAAUAAAUAAGGUAUGCGAAGGGUAA